AUGGCUGAAGCAGAGACAAACCUUGCUAUAAAUGUGAUCCCCACUUUGUCAGAUUCAUAUGAAGUUCAAGGGAGGGGAGAGCUUCAACUGGGAGUUUCUACUCGAAUAUUAGAGGAUUAUGAAGUUGAAAGUUUAUGUCAUAAAUUGGCAAACAACCACUACAGACUUAGCCUUGGUUGGUACCUGAUGGCCUACAAAGGCUUACUGCUAUCCCCACGCUAUGUCAUGUUUUCGAAUCUUCUCGAGACCGAUGCAUCUUAUGCAAAAUAUCGGGGUUCUCUUGGAAAUGUCAGGAAAGGAGUAUUGGUAUCUAUGGGUUACGGAGCAAUAACAGCUCAUGCACUGAUGAGUUUAGAAGCUCGUGGAACUCUCUUUGUGAAUCCUGGGAUGGAGACCUAUGAUGGUAUGAUUGUUGGUGAACAUUCACGAGAUACAGAUCUCGAUGUCAACCCAGUAAGGACCAAGGAACUUACCAAUAUACGUUCUGCUGGCAAAGAUGAGAAUGUGAAGCUAUCUCCUCCUCGCCUUAUGACUCUUGAAGAAGCAAUAGGGUAUGUUGCCUCUGAUGAGCUCAUUGAGGUUACGCCAAAAGCGAUUCGAUUAAGAAAGAGAUACCUGGAUGCUGGCAAGCGUAAAACGAUGAGAAAUAAGCCUAAGGAUUGAAGCCUUUGUCUUGAUGAAUUGAUCAUGGUUUAUAUGUUCACAACCAGCAAGGGAGCAAUAGAAUUGAAUGGGUAUCACUUGGUCAAUGGUUGGAAUCACCUUAUUUAUGUAAGUAGUAAUUUAGGGACACAAGUCUUUAUGUAGGCUGUGCAAUACACCAUGAAGACACUCAGACAGUGGGCGCAGCAAUGUGGAUGGAUGGCAAUGACACUUUCAGCUUCAGUUUUGACAGUUUGUUUGUCACAAUUCAUUUUUUAUGGCCUUUACUAAUACUGAUUCUGCUGUAUGUUAACGGCGCCAGCUCUCAUUCUUCUAAGUUUUCUCAACAUGCCCUUUUUCUUUUUAUGUCUGUUAGUUGAGUGUUGGAAGAGAUGGGCUAAUAUACGGAUUUAACCUUUGUAUAACCAUGCAUAUAGUGGCUACUCAAAUGCUCAAUCCAAGCAUUUUUUUCUUUUCUUGAGG